AUGGGUGUGUCUGACGUGUUUCAGAUUUCCACCGCUAGUUGGCAAUCAAAAUUCCAAGCGCUGAAAAAGAUAGUAAAGGACACAAUGCUCUUUGAGCCUCCAUCCAAAAAACAAAAUGACCCUGAUGGCAGUUUUAAAUGUAUAAAUGAAGCGGGAGUAACAGAGUUACAGCUGGUGAACGAAAUCUGUGUUCCAUCCAGAUAUACAGAGAGGACUAUGGCGGCCUUUGCUCUCAUGAUUAUUGUUAUCAUGGUACAGCUGUCUGCUGUUACCGGAUGUAGUUGUGCGUUCAGAAAUCCUCGAACCAAAUACUGCACGUCUGAGUAUGCUGUUCGUGGUAAGGUUACAAAACUGACUUAUGGAGAUGGCUUAAUAGGGGUAAAUGCAGAAAGAAUCUAUGAAGUGGAAAUAUUGAAAGUUUAUAAAGGCAAUAUAAUUGAGGAAAAGGAAGGGACGGUGCAAAUUCGGACGGCAGGAUCUGAUUCUGUGUGUGGUGUAGGACUAAAAGUAAAUAAAGAGUAUCUUAUAAACGGUUACAUUCAUAACAGACAAAUGAGGAUAAGGUUAUGCGAUAUGAUGUUCUUUUCCCAUGUCGAUGGCACAAACAGAGAUUUUCCGACAUAUUCCGAGGAUGAUUGUAAAUGCAAAAUUGAAAAUAUUAUACUGAGAGUAGGCCACGAUAAACCCGAGAAGGUGUGUGCUUUAGGAAAUAGAUUCCGUUGCUCUUCAGCUUCUGACACUCCAGGUGACCUGGCAGAGUGUAAAUAUAACAGCAAUACCGACGACUGUGACUGGACCUGCUAGAGAUUUGUUGCAAUUCAAUAAAAUCUACUUUGACCAUUC